UCCCAUACCUAUUUAUAGGUGCUAGAUAUUUGAGUCUAGAGGCUAUUAUAUGAAGUAAUACGCAACUCUUAUAAGUAUUUCAAUGUCCGAUUCAACGUCCGGUCUUAAGGUAUUUAUAUAAAGGCCUUUCUGAAAGAGCCUCCAUUUUUACCGGUACUACAUUAUGGAUGGCAAAUUCUAAGGAAAUCCUACCAAGACCAGGUACAUGUUCAAUCAGUCAAUCACAAAGCCUUGUCAUGAUGUCAUACUUCAUCACCCCCCAUAUGGCAUCACAGUUAUGACUGCGUUGAUCGGCUGCUAUCAUUUGAUAGUAUUGGAAUGAAUAAUAGAUUUUCUUAAAAACCUUACCUGUCUAUCUAUAUUUUCUCAGUUGUAUCAUCAUCCAACAAAGUGUUCAUUUCCAUUUUCAUUAGUAUUAUACCUCUUAGUUAAUCACAAUGGUAGCUAUUCGCAUCAACAACUCUUUAAACGCCCUGAGGACCACUCGAGCACGGGCACCUCAGGCUUAUCGCACUUUUGCAGCUGGGUCCCGUCACUUCUCGCAGCAAGGCUAUGGCAACGGAGAGGGAAACCCGACUUCAGAGAACCCUCAGAGUCAGCCAUCGUCAAGCGCUGCGCAGCAAUCGUCAGAACAUCCGGGUCCAAGCCCUCCGGACGUGGGUAAAGGAACCGGCGGUGGUCCUACCAAAGCUGGCUUCAGAGAAAGUAUGGAAAAAGCUGCGGCUAAGGAAUCCGGGCAGAAGCCCCCGAAGGAGUCCGGACAGAAGGCUCCCAAGGAUGCCAGCGCGCAAUCGGGAGGGUCCCGGUCUAAGGAGGCCACGGAAACAGGAGGCAGCCCUACUGGCGGGAAGACCGCGAAUCUGGCGAGCCAGCAAGGGGGUGAGGCGCUAAAAGGACCUCAGGGCAAGGGCACACCCAGUCCAAAGAUCUACAACCAGGCGGUGCCCGCCAUCAAGGAAGGACUGAGUGACGAACAAAAACAGGAAGUCGAACGGCAUAACGAAGACUUCGAAAAGCGUUAUGACAGGGCGGCCCCCGCCACCGAUGACAAAGUUGACCCAAAGUUUUGGAGAGGGACGUGAGUGAUGUGUGUGUGUGUGUGUGUGUGUGUGUGUGUGAUUGUUUUGCAUUGCUCCCUAAAUUUGCUGCUGCGUUCUGGUAUUAUUACGGUAUACUGACUUGAUUAGGUCUUAACAUAGUGGCGGCCUUAAACGGGGAGAGGGAAAAACAGGAGGUGAAGUGCAUAAUUAGGCGAACUAUGCCGUAUCGUUUUUCUGUAUUCGCUUGGAAGGGGGACGUCCCGAUGCAUCAUUAUGCGCAGUUGUACAAAAUAAUUAUAGACAUUGGAAAUGAUAUAAGUAUAAGUACCCAACUCGAAGUAAUUUUUGAUUAAGUGUACCCAAACUAGUCGACUCGUCGAAGAAAGCGAUUUUACUAUUUGAGACUAUUAAUUACUCGGAAAUAAAAUAUCUUGGAAGAAAUAAAAGUCGAGAAGU